UGAACACGAGCCAUUCCCGUCCCUCAGAAACAAAUUUUCACGGCAACCAUGAUAAAGCCCAAGCGCUCAGACCAGGAGCUUGCAGCACGUCAAAUGUACAACCACUCAUCACAACACUUAUUGUUCUCUUGCUGCCUCCAUGGUCCAGCGCAAAAAUACAGCUCUGUGACUCUGCGUGACCUUAUACCAUUGACCGAUCGAUGAGCGAGAGGGAUCAUGUAUCGAACGACAAUAGUAACUCUGCAAUGGAGGAGAAAUCCGGCUUGUCCACGACACCAUCGCCACGGUCGCCACUAACACCGAUAUCAGAGUCGACUUUCCAGCCGCCCUUGAGAUGGAGCGACACGAUCACCUCGCAACCAAGUCGACAGGGCUUAUCACGAGUCUCGACGCGCCACAGACAACCAUGGCGGCACUCAGUAUCCAAGAGCGUGACCGAUCCGUUAUCGCAAACCCUCCGAGAAUACAAACCCUUCCGUCAGCGCCGGAGACUGCUAAUCAAAGCGAUGUCCCACUGGCUCGCGACAACCUUACUCUGCGGCCUACUCGCAAUGUGUCUCGGCGUUUUUGGACGUAUGCUGAAGAUGUCAGUGAGCGAGAUCAAGCUCUUCAACGCAUUGAUUGUCUUGCUUUCGCUGUUCUUGGGCAACAAUCUGAGCGGCACUCUCCGAGAAUUCGCUCUCAUGUUCCGCUGGCGCCUGCUGGCCUCGAAAUACCGCUCACUCGAAGAGUUCGACUUGCUCUUGUCCUGUGAGAGCUUGCGCAAAGUCCUGAGGCUGUUCUGGACAGCCCGCACCCGAGGCCGACUCUGGUUCAGGCUCAACCGUACGCAGUGCCUCUGUGCAUUGUGGCUGGGUAUCAACAUGUGUCUGCAGGUGCUUGUUGCGCUGCUCGGAGUGACAUACAACCUCGAGACCUCUAAGCAUCCGGGGGUCCAAUUCGGUCAGCUCAGCGUCGCCAAUCUGACCCAAAUCAACGACAUUUGGAGCGCAGACAAUCCCGACUUCAUGUCGCAGCUGGGCUCGGCCAAUUCCUAUGGUAUACAGGGCCAGGACUAUAAUUUCAUAGACGGCCCCGUCCCAGGACAGACUGGGCCGUGGGCAUUCGGGACACCGAGCAUGCCCACCAUAUAUGGGAACGACCCGCAGUGGACAAGUAUGACCUAUGCGUUCCAGGAUGCGAACCCGCGCAACCUGGCGAUCACGCUCGUUUCGCAUCGCAACAUCACCACCAAAGCUACAUGCAAGACCCACAAAGUCACUGACGGCGGUGACGGCAUUGCCAGCCAUGUCACGUACAUAGACGAUCUGGGCUCGCCAGUCACUCUGGAAACCCCCUUCACCGACCCCGGCGCCACGGUGUACAUUGGCGUACUCAAUUCGACCUGCGGCCCACGAUGCACGCAAGUCAUGGUGCUGCAAACCUCCAACGGCGGGACCGUCCCGACGCCGUCGUUCUACAGCUGCAACAACACCCUCUCGGUUGUGCAGGGGGUCGAGUCGUACCUUUUCCCCGGCGUGGCCAACAGCGAAGCGACAUUCCAGCUCGCCGACAAGGAAGCGCGCAUCAUUGCCGGCGCGAUCGGCUGGUCCGUCACUACGCCUGGAAAUACGAGUUCACACCAAUACGCACGGUACACGCCUUCGUCAUACUGGAGCCCUGACCACCCCGUCUCCGCGUAUCUAGUCGGCCAGCGCGUCAUGGAGUUUGCCGUCCAGGCCAUCGCGGCGAUGGACUACAACGGACCGCAGCGUAAUGUGACGGGUUGGUACCCCGUACUCGCGCAGUCUGUCAAUGUGGAGUGGCAGUGGGCCGGUGCGAUCUUGGGGCUUGUACCGGUCGUGCAGUUGAUUGCGUCGGUAUGCGUCAUUCUCUGGUCGAACACGGCAAUCAUAAGGGAUGAGAGUCAUCUCAGCACGGCGAGGCUGUUGAGGCCGCUUGUCCAGAAGUUGGGAAAUAAAGGGUGCUUGCUCAGUGGUGAGGAGAUUGCCGAGACCUUCCCCGACGUGAGAGUCAAGUAUGGCUGGAGGGAGCCUGAUGAUUUGGUGUUUCGGAACGAGAUCGACACCAGGACUGUGAGACAUGUGGAUAUACUCGAGGAGCAGGAGGGACUCGGAAGGCAGGGUAUCAUGCCUGCGGGAUUUUAUGAUGGUCUGCCAUCAGAUGAGGAGGACGAGGACGAGGACGAGGACGAUAAUGAUGAUCACGUGGUGGAUGAGAGAACGAGGCUGCUAAGGAGGCGCGGACGAAGGAAGAGGAGAAGGAGUAUAUGAAGUAUGAAAUCUGUGUAGAAUUGUAUAUGUUUUGCCCACCUGGCAACUCAAGCAGUGCGAGCUUCGCUUUACAAUUG